AUGUCCUCAAUCGCGGUAGAAAAAGCAUCGUUAACAAAUGGCAUUUCAACACCAAAUAAAUCGAAACGAAAAGGUAAUAGAACACCUGCCAAUGAAGAUGUACAAGAAAAUGUAACGAUAAUACAAUUGGGAUCGCGGAAUAAAACCAAAAAGGGCAAAAACAAGGAAUUGAACAAUUCUAGUGGUGUGAGGGUCAAGUCCCGUGUCAUUAGGCAACGGGCACUUGUGAAUAAAGCGAAUGGUGCUUCGAGAAAUCGAAGAAAGUUGAACAGAGCGGCUGUUAGUGAUACCGAAAAUACCAAUUCAGAUACAACACCCGAAGAAGUUCUCAAGGACGAACGAAUAGAAAGUUCAUCAGAUGGUUCACAUGAAUUUGAUAAAAAUGAUGAGAAUAAAGUAAAUUUUGCUUUAAAAUUAACUCCCGAGGAAGCUGAUACGUCUAAAACACGACCAGAUCAUCAUGAUAAAGCAAUGUUUGAAAAUGCCAAAAUUAAAGCCGAAGAGAUAAAAGAACCUCGGGAGAGAACCAUCAUAGAUGCUGAGGAUCAACACCAAGUAUUUGCUACGAGUGACCCUACACUGGAAGCAAUCCGGUUCGGGGAAUGGGAAAUUGAACCUUGGUGUGCAUCCUCCUAUGAAAUGGAAUAUAUCGCAAAUUCGCUAGUAUAUGUUUGCGAAUUUUGUUUAAAAUACAUGAGAAGUGAAUUUAUUGCUGAUCGACACAAGAUGAAAUGUCCAGUGCGUCACCCUCCUGGUGAUGAAAUAUACCGGGAUGGUCCUAUUUCAAUUUUUGAAGUUGACGGUCGAAAAAAUAAGGAAAAACGUUCGCAAGGAAAUCAUAAUGUUUCCUGUAUUCUGAUACUUCCAAUUCAUCAAAGAAAGGGUUAUGGGAAUCUUUUAAUAGAAUUUAGUUACUUGCUUACUAAGAGAGAGAAUAAAAUAGGCUCACCUGAAAAGCCUUUAUCCAAAUCUGGGUUGCACAGUUACAGAUAUUACUGGAAAAAUGUGCUGUUCGAAGAGUUGAAUAAAGAUAGAAAACGCAUAAGUAUCCAAGAAUUAAGCCAUUUGACGAGUAUGACUGUCGAUGAUGUUAUUGCCACUCUCCAAAUCAAUAAUAUGAUUGAGAAAGAUGAGAUCAAUGAUACAUACAAAAUUGUUGUGAAUAAAAGAAUUGUUGAAGAUCAUCUACAAAAA